GGCCCGCUCGAUGUGUACCAACCGCGCUCCCGUGAACGAGACGGAGCCGGCGAAACGCGACGGCUGCCAAGAUCCGCGCCGCCUCGCCGCCGCGUUCGACGAGGGACCUCGGGCACGCAAGAUCCGCGACGCGCAGCCUCGCCGCCUAUCGAGAGUCUGAUUCGGAGAUGUGCGGGAUGCGGGCCAGCAUCGUGGGCGGUGGGGCGGACGCGCACCUCUACGACGACCCGGACGGCGCCGCCACCCCGGUGCUCCUCGACUCCCGUUUCGACGGCGACAAGCUCGACGCCCUCGAGCACCUUCUCGCCCUCAUCUCUCGGGGCGUAGACGUCGCCCACCUCUCCCCGCAGCGAGUAGAAAAUGUUAUUUUUCGGAAGAUUCAAGGAUGUUCGAGGAGUGACCAAAAGCAUUGAAGACUUUGCCGAGCGAGGCAAGGAACCUACUCUAAUCAUGUUGAACCCAUAUUUGCAUUGCACACUUCGAAUUAUUUUCCAUGCAUAAAGUAUUGUUUUACUAGUA